UCCACCUCGUGUUUUACCGAGUGCAGGAAUUUGAAAUGUAUUUGUUUGGGGUUGUGAUCACCGAUUUUCAUCAAAGUUCGUCCAAACAUUUUGUACUUAUUAAAUGUGUCCUGCUGUCUUUUACUUGUGAAGUUCGUUGUUGCAUUUAAAUCAGACUGGUUGGUGCUGCAUGUAUGAAAAUAACAAGUUCUGGAAGGCAAGAGAUAUUUAUGAAUUUUUAUGGUGAUUGCUGAGCACUGUUCUAAAAACUUUUCUGCCUUCUACACAAGCUGAUUUAUUGCAUUACAUACAAAUGCAAUGAUCUGCUGGCGUCUAAAAAUAUUUCUUGUCGAUAUUAUUAUUGGUAAUAGCAAUUAUCUGGUUAGUCGAAGUUUAUGGCCUCUUUGUAAUGGAAGUGCUCCCAAAUUAUUUCUUCCUAGUAUUUGUGUCAUUGGCAUUUCCUGUUCAUUUGCUUUUGGGUUUGUUGAUGGUGGCAGAAGUAUCUGACGGUUGAGGUUAUGGCUUUAAUUAUGGCAUCUCUGAAGCAGUAGUCCUCCCGAAUUAAUUCUUCCUUGUAUUUGUGCCGGGCACAUAUCCUGGUCAUUCGCUGUUGCAUUAUUCGAUGGCGGCAGAAGCAUUUGACGGAAAAGGUUAUGUGGUUAGUUUUUGAUGAGGAAGUGUAGUUUUUCAGGUACGUUCAUGAAUUGAGAUUGUAGGUUAGUACAGGUGGGUGUAGGAAGUACAUUAAGAAAUGUCAUUAUUUUUUAGAUUGCAAUUAUAAGUUCAGUACUGAAAAGAAAACGCCCAGCGAUGGAGACCGAUCCUCUUGAGAUACAUCACGUGGUAAUUAAAAGUGAAGUAUAUGAGGACUAUACUGAUGGUAUUGAGGUUAAACCAUUACCGGUUAUAAUUAAAAGUGAAGUAUUUGAGGACGAUAGUGAUUGUAUUGAGGUUGAACCAACGUCAGUGGUAAUAAAAAAUGAAGGAAGUGGUGACGAUAUUGAGGUUAAAUCAACACUUCACACAGACGACUUGAACGUUGAAAGAGCUAAUAUUAUUUGUUGUUCAUCAUCUGCAUCAUCAUUAGCUACUACGCUGCCUUUGGUUUCUGGCACUGACUGGGAUUUGAAUCAGUGCUGUCGUAUCUGUGCUCAGAAGAGCAGUGAUAUGAUAUCUCUAUUCGGGGAAGAAGGAUUAUUCCGGCAACUAACCCAAAAGAUGAAGGACUGUCUCCAAAUAAUUGUUUUGGAAAGUGAUGAUUUGCCAACAGCAGUAUGCUGGAAAUGUGUUUCUAAGCUUGAAGUUUGUUUCGAACUAAUGCAAGAAUACAUAAGAGGGCAAAAUGUGUUUCAAAGACAGAGGUUUAGUCAGGAAAUGCCAUUAACUUGCUCACAGAGAGAGAUGAAGAUGGAAUACGAUGAACGAGAACAGUUAACAGCUGUUGAACAAAGGAAUCAUAUUUACGACACGCAUGAGGGAGGGUUGCCACUGUUGGCAACAAUUAUUGAUGAAAACAAGGAUAUUAGUGAUGUUUCUUGCAGUGGCCCUAGUCAUGUUUUACCUGAUGAUGGGAGAAGCCAUUCUUCAGAAGGAAAUGUGUGUGCAAGUAAGGACACAAGCAAAGGAGGAACGUCAAUACGUGUGAGGAAAUUAAAAGUGUCUUGUGAAUUCUGUGGUAAAGUAUUCAAUCAUACAGGUGACUUAAACAAACACAGACGAAGGCACACAGGCGAACAUCCGUAUCCUUGUCCCCAGUGUCACAAACGUUUCAGUCACGUUAGUAACUUACUUCGUCAUCAAAAGAUACACUCAGGUGAAACACUUCAUCAAUGCGCAACUUGUGCUAGAAAAUUUAGCCGUAAAGACAAGAUGGUUAACCAUAUAAAGAAUUCUCGCUGUAAGCCUAAUCCUUUAAUGUACACCUGAAUAUGAUUAUCACUAUUACCGUUACUAAUUUCCUUGGAAAUGUUCUUGUCAAGAGUACUGUACAGGGACAUGGAUGUGGUGAUAAUGAAAUUAUUCAAAUUUCAGUGAUUUGUUGCUUGUCCUUGAAAGUUAUCUUAACUAUCAGUGGUUUUAUUACUUUGACUGGUGUGCAAACAUAUCUCAGCAUCCUCAUAUGUGGCACCUGCAAGUUGACAACACUUUAUAAUCAAAGUACAAAGGUUUCUGUCUACAGCGUGACACAUUGCUUUUUUGGUCUUUAAUCAUCACGUAGGUCGUGUAAUCACAAUGUUUUGGAACUUGGUUCUCAUUCCGUCUUCAGGCGAAAGGAGGACAGGUGGCUAACAUGCUGGUACCCCUGGUUCAGCUAGUCUGAUACCCGGACACAUCAAUAUUUAUAUUUCAGUGAACACAACUGUACUUUCAUUUUUACGACAAUGACUUACUUAACCAUCCAGUCAUCUCGUUGCCCCUACAUUACAAAACAGCAUUUUCACUUACUUUGAACCAUGUGUAGACUGAUAAAAUAAUUCUGUAGGUUAUUGUAUGCUUUCUUUUGUGUCAUGGCUGAAUAGGUAAAAUGCAAGGUGUACAUCCCCCAAUAUUUGAAUCGGUUGCCUGUUCAAAGUUAUAACACUUUGUGUUUAUUGUUUAGCAUUUUUAUUCAUAGAUGAUAUCAGUUAAAAACAAGUCUGUAAUUAAAAAAGGAACUAUAAUCAUUUUUGCUAAGCACCAGCAGAAAGUGUAGAUGUCACCAAGUCAUGAUUACCAUGCACAUUAAAGGAAGUGUUACACCUUUAGAAUGUGUCCAUUUUUUAGCCACCAGUCUUCUAUGCAAAAUUGGCACAAGAAGAUAUCAGCCUUAAAAUGUUGAAGGGCCUUAUUAUUGUGUGUUAUGGUCCCUCCAUUCUGCUGCUUUGACAUUAUGCUAUCAACAUCACAACAUUGCUGUCUGCCUCAUGCUGAGCACAUGGGGCAAGAUUGACUCAUCACAUUAGAAGUGUGUGAGACAAAACAAAUGUUAGUCAUUUUGAUGACAGUUUUAUCAUUUACUUUCAUAUUUAAAUCAGUUUUGUAGAUUUCACUGAUGAAGAUGAAAGACUAAUGUGAUUUUGUGCUGUAUAGUCUCAUAAAAAUUCACUGAUGUUUUAGACGUGCUUACUUCCUCCGUCAUUAGGAUGAUCAUCAGUGGAGGCAGUAAGUACCUCUGGAAUGUCCAAUUUCUGUGAGAUAAGACAGUACAAUGACCCAGAAGACUGUCAUCUUCAUACUUCGCAUGAUGAUUUGGUUGAACAUUACAAAAUCAGUAGUGGAUAAUGUUAGUAACAUUGAAAGUUUUGCCACCUAUAAAUACUCAUAUUUACAUGAUUCAUUAAAUUAUACAGUACAAAUACAUUGGAUUUCAUUGUUCUUACUCUUUCUUUUCUACCAGUAUAUCUUUUUAUAUCACUGUUUGUUGUUAUGAAAUUAAAAUAGUUAUAUUUUAUUGAAUAAACCAGCUUAUGAUCUGUGUUGGUGAUUUCAAUUUAUAGCUCAAAGGCAUAAAAUGGAAUAGAAUUUACAUUCCAUAGAUCCUUCAUACUACAAGCCAAAGAUGUGGAGCAUGUCAAUAUGAAUAUCAACACUUCAUACAAAUAAAUACCAAUACCAAUAUUAUUGCACAGUUGUAACUAUUUACAUAAAUAUUUAUUGUAUAUAAACAUUUCCCAUUGAAUUAUACUUUACUGCAGAGAGAGAGAAAAGGAGAAAAUUUAUGUUUCAGUCGCUGCCUUGGCAUAAAUGGAAAUAUGAGAUUAAAAUGGAUCCUAAUGAAAUAGAUUUUGAAGGUUCAGCUGGUUCAUAGGAUGUUUAAUUCUUGGACUCUUUUAGACUUGGUAAAUGACCUUUGGUUUCCAUACAUGGUAGGGAAUUUCUUGGCCAGUUGAAUAACUAUCAUAUUCUGAAAAAGCACCCUCAUUCAUGAAUUCUUGUACUAUACCAUGUAAGACAAAGUAGUAUAAACUUGUCAGUUUUAAUUUAUAUCAGCUGUGGUCAUUUUAUUUGUGUUGCUAUGCAGUUUUGUGAGCACUAUGACUCAGAACACCACGGUCAACAUCUUCAGUUCUAAGAAACUAAAAUGUCUUUAAAAUCCUGAAUUGUGCAUAUUGUGUGUGUUCCCCGUUAUUACAUAGUAUGAUUAUUGAUGAAGUUGAAUUUAACCGCCACAUCCCCUUUACUGGCAGCAACUGUUAAUUUUAUUGUUCUUUGUGGAGUGAUACCUGACUCAUAUUUGGAAAGCUUGUAGUGCUUGGUGGUAAGACAGGGUUUCAGCUGAGAAGUGGCAGUUGUAGUAAACACUGUAUUAUUAGUUAUAUGCAAUCAGUGAUGGAAUACGAUUUAUGCAGUAUGAUCUGAUGUGAUGUGGGGCGUCAUCAGAUACCAAACUUGUUGACGGUUAACUCAGUUCUAAUUGCAUUGGAGAAUCUUAGGAAAAUGGUUGUUGCUUUACAUUAAGAUUGUAUGAUUUUUUAUGAUCACAUUAAAUAAGAGCAUAAAUACAUUGAGUUUAUCUCAAAUAAUUACGGGAAACGUCUUAUAAACAUUUUAUAGCUUUUCGAUAAAUAUUCGCGAGAAUUGAUUAAAACUCAUUAUGACUAAGGAUGACGUCAUGCGCAGUUCAGUAUAUCGACAUUCAUUUGAUGACGUUACUUUCUGAUGCCACAGAUGACAUUUGUACACACAUGCGGUAUUAUACUGGCGUGUAAAAAAUACUUUACUUUCGUUCCAUGUUUUUAGGUACCGCAUUUCAAAUUGAGCACGAUUCCAUUUUCGGUCAAUCAGAGUGUCUCUGGAGUAGAACACAGAUGGAUUCUUUUCUCAUAAGACCUUUUUACGAUGACGUCAAUUUUAGCACCUCGUAUUGCAAUACGUGCUGCUCAGCGAGAAUGGUCACCGGUGUUUGUUGGUAUAAUGUAUGGUGGUAAAUGUAUAGGUUGUGGUAGGAUGUAAGAGAAGACUAAUAUUACAUUACAGUUUGAAAUUAUAAAUUUUAUUAAGUCAAAUACUUAUCAGGAAGAGCACAAUGAUGGAAACCGAUCCUCUUGAGAUACAUCACGUGAUAGUUAAAAAUGAAGUAUACGGGGACUAUACUGAUAGUAUCGAGAUUGAACCAAUACCUGUAAUAAUUAAAAGUGAAGUAUUUGAGGAUGAUAGUAACAGUGUUGAGGUUGAACCAGCACACGUAAUAAUUGAAAAUGAGAAAAGUGAGGAUUGUAGUGACGGUUGUGAGGUUAAGCCAACGCCUUUUACAGAUGAUCUAAACGUAUCAAGAAAUGACAUUGACAUUUCUGGUCCAUCUACGCCCUCAUCAGGUAAUGGAAUGCAUUUUGUUUCAAAAACGGACUGGGUUUUGAAUCAGUGCUGUCGUAUAUGUGCUCAAAAGAGUAGUGGAUUGAUUUCUGUAUUCGGUGAAGAAGGAUUAUUCCGACAACUGGUGUUGAAGAUGCGACGCUGCCUGCAAGUAAUUGUUCAGGAAAGCGAUGAUUUACCUACAGCAGUAUGCUGGAAAUGUGUUUCUAAGCUUGAAGUUUGUUUCGAACUGAUGCAAGAAUACGUAAGAGGGCAAAAUGUGCUUGAAAGACGAAUGAUCAGUCAGCAGAAGCCAUAUAAUUGGAAGCAGACAGAGGUUAGAAUGGAAUACAGUCAUCCAGGACAAUUAACAGCUAUGGAACAGGAAAAACACAUUUCUGACACACAUGAGAGCCCCAAUUUAUCAUAUGGAGGACUGCCAUUGUUAGCAGAAGUUACUGACAAAAACAGAGAUAUUAGUGAUGCUUCUUGCAGUGGUCCUAGUCAUGUGAUAUCUGAUAGAGGGAAAAAUAUCUAUCCAGAAGCAAAUACUGAAAGUCAGAACAAAGCAAAGAAAAGAAAGACACGUAUAAGGAAAUUAAAAGUAUCUUGUGAAUUUUGUGGUAAAGUAUUCAAUCAUACAGGUGAUUUGAACAAGCACAGACGAAGACACACAGGUGAACAUCCAUAUCCUUGUCCCCAGUGUCAUAAGCGUUUCAGUCAUGCCAGUAACUUAAUUCGUCAUCAAAAGAUACACUCAGGUGAGACACUACAUCAAUGCGCAACUUGUGCAAGAACAUUUAGUCGUAAGGAUAAUAUUGUUAAACACAUAGAGAAUUCUCGCUGUAAGCCUAAUCCUUUAGCAUACCUGUCGGCAUGAUUGUCACUGUUGCCUGCUUUUUUUUAUUAUUAAAAGUGCCGUGGUCAAAAGCUGCUGCUGCCUUUACAGUAAAGUCAGUUGUAUGAAUAAGUACAACUGUUAUCCAUUUUCAAGUGAAUACCAGCUUUACAUUUCUACUAAGUGAUGUAACAAAGGCCUGACUUACACUGGAUCAACUUAUGUGCUAGGUAUCUUAGUCACUUUCUACAUAGUUGGCACCGUGAACCAAAACACAUCUAACUAACUAGAUGGCUAAGUAACGCGAAGGUUCAUCACUGAAUUAACCAGAGCCCUACACUAGUCCCUGUCCU